UUCUCUCAAAAUCAUUCUCAAUUUAUUUAAGAAUUUAUUCUCCAUGAUGAAAUUAAUUAAUAUUUUAUUUUUAUUUUUUGUUAUUUUAAAUUCCUUGGCUUUUGGAAGUCCUUCUCUCAACUCAGUUCGUGUCAAACGUCAAGGCUGGGGAGGAUGGGGAUGGAAUCCUCAAGUUCAAACAGAUAUGGAUCGUCUUCGUAUUGAUAAAGACAAACUGCGAUUAGAUAUGGACCGUUUAAGAUUGGAUCAAGAUAGUUCUUGGGGAUGGGGAAAAUGA